CGCCGGGAUCACGAAAUUUACAGCAGCAGUGCACAAAUUGUUGAUAGUGCGAGAAAGUACAUUAUUUAUUCUACACCCUUACCUGCCGAAAUGAUUGAACAACAGAAGCAGCGCAUUGAGAUGGAGAUCACCAAACAGUUGGAUGAUCUCGAUCGCAAUGUUCUGCGCAAAAUGCAAGCUGAUAUGCACGAUUGUGCGGCAAGAUGUUGUAAGGAUACGGCUUCAUCGAUGGACACGGUACAGCAGUGCGUUGAACGAUGCUCCAUCCCUGCACAGCGUGCCCAACAGCAUGUGGAAACGGAGAUAAACUCCUUCAACAGCCGGCUGCAGCGUUGUGUAAUGGAUUGCAAUGAUACAAUCAAAGACAAGAUGGGAUCGAAUCCAACGGAAAGCGAUAUAGCUAAAUAUACAGCGGAGUUCGAACGAUGUGCCAUCAAAUGCGUAGAUAAGCAUGUUGCAAUCUUGCCCAAUAUGUUCUCGACCAUGCGGAAAGUUCUGCAAAGCAGGUCAUCGUCGUAAACUGUGGU